AAAACUACAUAAAUGCACAGCAGAUGUCCUUGGCUGUGGGUUACCUUAUAACUCUUCUUUCACUUCUUCAUCUUCAGUCAACCCGGCAAGACGGAGAAUCCAAGCAAGCGCACUAGUCAGUAGUUCCACUGCUAGAGUGAAUCAUGAAAUUAUUAAUACUUGUUAUCGUCGUCGCAAUGAGUGCCGCAACUUCAGCCUUAACCGAAACCGAAAUUACGGAAAAAUGGGCCACCUACAAAACUGAAUUCGGGAAGAACUAUCCCGAUGAGAAGGAGGAACAGAUGAGGAAGAAACUUUUCACGGAAACGUUGAAAUUCAUUGAAGAGCAUAACAAAAAAUACGAGCGUGGGGAAGUUACCUUCACUGUGGGUCUCAAUCAUUUCGCUGAUUUGACCCCUGAAGAGAAAAGACCCUACAGUCACGGAGUCCUCAGACCCUCAACUGACAAAAGCGAAAAGUGAGGUUAUCUGCAAAUAAUGGGCGUUUUCAAUUACGUAUAAAUGUAUUUGCCAUUGAAUAAAAUGUUGCUUAUGUAGACA